AUGAACGUCAGCAAAGUGAACCACAGUUCCUCUGACAACAUAAGUUUGGAUGGGCCAGUAGAAGACCUGAACCUCCUGCCUAGUCUCCAGACCCAGUGGAUGGUGGCCAUGGUCAUCUACAUAGUGGUCUUUGUGGUGGGCGUCCCGGGCAACGCGCUGGUACUGUGGGUGACAGUGUCGGAAACCCGGAGGUCUGUUAAUGCCAUCUGGUUCCUCAACCUGGCUGUGGCCGACCUCCUCUCCUGCCUGGCGCUGCCCAUCCACAUCAUGACCGCCCUCAAGCAAGGCAACUGGCUUUUAGGUGACGCGGCCUGUCACAUCCUGAUCGUGCUCUUCUUCUUCAACCUCUACGCCAGCGUCAUUCUCCUCACCACCAUCAGCGCCUACCGCUUCCUCAUGGUCUACAAGCCCAUCUGGUGCCAGAAGUACCGCGUGGCCCGACGUGCCUGGCAGGCCAGUGGCGUGGCCAGUGGCGUGGCCUGGAUGCUGGCUCUAGUGCUCAGCAUCCCGUACUUCGUUUUCGGAGUAUUCUUUGAGGACUUAAUUACCAAAGAGUCUUUUUGCGAUGUGGCCUUUGACCUGGGCGGUCCAAAGCUCGAGGUUGCUAUCAUCAUGACACUCUUUGUCCUGACUUUCCUAGUCCCCCUGGUCACGAUGAGCGUCUGCUACACUUUGCUCCUACUUCGAACUUGGCGACGAAAGGCCACACGCUCCACCAAGACCCUCAAGGUGGUGGUGGCCGUGGUGACCAGCUUCUUCGUCUUCUGGCUGCCCUACCAGCUUUCCAACAUCCUUUUGAUCUUUUACCGCAGGCUCUCCACCCCCAACAGGAAGCUAGUCAAUUCCCUGUACGAAAUUGGGAUGGCCCUAGCUUUGGUCAACUGCUGCAUCAACCCCAUUAUCUAUGUGGCCGCUGCCCGGGGCCUCCACAUCCGGGUCUUCAAGUUCCGGCCUGGCCGGCUGCGUCAACUGCUGACCGAAGACUAG